GAGCUGUGAAUUGUGGCCCCUCCGAUGUGGCCUUGGUCCUGUGCUGGGGCAGCCCCAGUGCUUGCCUCAAAGGCCGGGAGCGGGUAGGUGCUGAUGGGGCGCCUCAGCCGCUCGAGCGGGCAGAGCUGGGCAGCGGCCGGAUCUCCAAGGCCCAGGGGCCUGCUGGGCUGCCCCCGGAAGCUAAAGCAAUGUUUCAAGCAAGGGCGCGUGCGGCUGUUUUGCACCUGGCCACCUGGCGUGUCGAGGAAGGGAGCCUUGGCUGAAAGGAGUCACGCGCUUGGCCCGCUUCCCGAAGUCGGCCUUAGGGCACCCCCUGAGGGCUGGCAAUGGCCCUAGCUGGGUCUCCUGAGGGAGGAUUGGUGUGGGGGAGAGGCAGCUUCUCCCCUCACCCCGUCAUGGUGUCUCUUCCUUCGCAGCCCCCUCUCCACGCCGAGGCCUCCGUGAGGCAGCAGCCCCGUGGAGAUGGACGGGGCCCGGGCUUUCCCUGAAGGGAAGAUCGCCGGCCUCUAUGACCUGGAGCGCACGCUGGGCAAGGGGCAUUUUGCGGUGGUGAGACUGGCACGGCAUGUCUUCACGGGGGAGCGGGUGGCCGUCAAAGUCAUCGACAAGAGCAAGCUGGACAGUGGAGCCGCGGCCCAGCUCCUGCAGGAGGUGCGCUGCAUGAAGCUGGUGCAGCACCCCAACGUGGUGCGUCUCUACGAGGUCAUCGACACGCACGCCAAGCUGUACCUCAUCCUGGAGCUGGGGGACGGUGGGGACAUGUUUGAUCACAUCAUGCAGCACGAGGGCGGCCUUGCUGAGGAGCAGGCCAAGCACUACUUCGCCCAGAUUGUCCACGCUAUCUCCUACUGCCACCGCCUCCACGUGGUCCACCGUGACCUCAAGCUGGAGAACGUGGUCUUCUUCCAAGAGCAGGGGGUCGUGAAGCUCACGGACUUCGGGUUCAGUAACUGCUUCCAGCCAGGCACGAUGCUCACGACCAGCUGCGGCUCCCUGGCCUAUUCUGCCCCGGAGAUCCUUUUGGGCGACGAAUAUGAUGCUCCAGCUGUUGAUGUCUGGAGCUUAGGCGUCAUCCUCUACAUGCUGGUGUGCGGGCGGCCCCCGUUCCAGGAGGCCAACGACAGCGAGACCCUGACCAUGAUCCUGGACUGCCGCUACAUCAUCCCACCUCGGGUGUCCGCCCAGUGUGCAGACCUGAUCGCCCGGAUGCUGCAGCGGGACCCCCGGCAUCGGGCCUCCCUGGAGCAGAUCGAGGGGCACCCAUGGUUGCUGGGGGUGGACCCCUCCCCGGCGAGCCGCAGCCUCCUGCCCCUGACGUCCCACCGGCGCGUCUCAGAGGAGGAGCACGGCCUCAUCAUCCAUGCCAUGGUGUGCGGCAACAUCGCCGACCGGGAGACCAUCCAGGAAGCCCUGGAGGCAAACCGCUACAAUCACAUCACCGCCACCUACUUCCUGCUGGCUGAGCGGAUCCUCCGGGAGAAGCAGGGCUCUAGUGCCAGUCUGGACCGCGGCUUGGAGCGGCAUACGCAAAACAGAAGCCCACUUGGUUCUGUACGUGAUGCCAGACAUCCUCCGGCCCUGGUGAGCAGAAGCUCUCAGCCACCACCCGCCCCCAAGGGCACGCUGGAGGCCUUCGCGGAGUGUCCAGGGCAGCCCGUCCUCUCGUUCUCUGCUCUGGAUGGGGACGAGGGGCCCUGUGCUUUCCACGGGCAACCCAUCCAAGCACUGAUCUGCCCCUCCCUCAUCGAGACCCCCAUUGCCAAGAGCACCCCGGCCUUGCAGCAGAUUUCGGAGGAGGACGAGGAGGAGGAGGAGGACGAGGAAGAGGGGAAGCCCAGCCUCUUCUGCAGGAGGACCUCCUCCCUGAACCAAGAGCAGAUGAGCGACUUCCAGACUGCCAGGGCUUCCUUGCUGUUCUGCCGAAGCCUUGCGGCCCACACCAAAAUGGGGAAGAGCCUGGCCGUGGGGGGGUUUCCCAAGAUGCGCCCCCCAGAGCUUGAACCAGGGCUCGGCCUUGACCAGGGCGCUCCACAGACACUUCUGCGGGAUGAGCAAGGCCGUUGCCCAGCAGGGCACCUGCCUGAGGCUGCUGGCCUGUGCAGAGAGCGGGCCGUCCCCGGACGCACCACAGAAGGUGUGCGCGGAGGCUCCAAGGAGGGGGGGCGGGGCGGAGGGGCAGUAGCUGUUGGCAAGAGCGAGCAGCGCGUCGUCCAGGGGAAGGGCAGCCCUGGCACGGCCCUCGUGGUGGGGCGCCCCGCUAAGGAGGAGCUCCUUGGGAAGGUGGCUGGGCUCACUGGGCUGCCUCCGGGUAGCGAGGCCCCCGAGCAGGGCAGCUGCCCCCAGAGAGCAACUGGGGCCUGUGUGGCAUCGCACCCCAAGGACCAGUCCCGGAAGCUGGAGGUGGGGCCAGCCCAGUUGCUGCAGCAGCCUCAGGAAGGCCAUGUUCUUGGCAGUGGCAGCGAGGGCCUUGCCGACAACAUCAUCAGGCUGGACCCUGGCAAAGGCAAGGGUGCCAACCUGAAGGACCGGAUCCUGCAGUUCCCGCUCUGUGAGAAGGCCCUGGCCUUCCGGAUGAGGCCUGCCUCCAAGGGCAGCCUUCUCUCCCUGGGCCAGUUCAACUGCUGCCACGUCAUCUAGCCAUCUUGCAUCGGGUCUGCAAAGGGGAGCCAGUGGGAGGACCGCCCCGAGGGGAGUGUGAGGCGCCGGCCGGAGGUGCCAGCAGGCUCCGUUCCCAUGAUCCCCUGCUUGCAGAGAGGCUGCCCCACCCGGUCUGAGUGGCAGGCUUCCACUUGCACACGGAGGCGUUCUGGCUCAUGUUCUCUUCAUCUGCUCGACUGAGGGAGCCCAGGAACUGUCUGCCCAGAUCAGCGGGUGCUCUCCAAAUACUGCAGCCUUCCCCACUUUUACUGCUCGCAUGCAGGGCCUCCGUCGCUUCGAGGACCGGGCACUCGGGACCUUUGCAGCCAGGCCUGGUGGAGCAGUUGGGGUGCCAUGGCUUCUGAAGGGGAGAGGGGACACCUUUGCUGCCCAGGGUCCAGUCAGACAGUGUCCUGGGGGUUUCCUCUGCUCCAAGGCCCUGGAGUCUCCCUUCUUGGUGCAGCUCAGCAGAGCCUCCAGAUCCUGAUAGCAAACUCUCGACUCCUGCUUGUCCCCAUCCUCUCCUUGCAGGCCGGACAGGACCUGCCUGCCCACUAGAGAGCUGAGGCAGGGUGGGGGGUGCAGGCUGGCACCUUUUCAGCUCUCCAGCUGGAAGCCAGUUUCUUCCAUCACCUCUUUCUCGCCUUCUGCAGCCUGGCACCCCUCUGGAAUUGGGGUGGGAAGGAGAAUUCGUGGCAACAGGCCAGAGAGGGCCCAGCUCCCCUGAGUGUUAAGGUUGCCCCCCCAACACACCAGUGCGAGGUGUGGGUGGGCGACGUGUCGGGCCACCGCUGCUGCCAUGUCUCCUCCAGCCAAAGCACGAGUCUGGGCCAGUGCUGGGCGCAACCCCUUGGGGCAGACGAGGCCACCUUACUCCUGGGCGCGGUUGCCUGGCCCUGGUGCUGGUAAGCAGGGAGCCCUUCAUAACCCCUAAGCUGGGGUGGGCUGGCUAGUGCCCCUCUCAGUUGUCACCAUUGUGAAGAGCACACGUGGUUUCCUUCCAAAGCAUCGCGGCCUCCUGAUGAAGAGGUUUUUAUAGAAAAUAUUUUAUAAGAAUAGUCUAUUUUAAUGUAAUCAGAGAUGUCUCUGUCUCCUUCCCUGUGGGGGUCCAGAGGCUUCCCUGGACAGCAAAUGCACUUUUUAGGAGUGAACUAGCCAUGUGAUGUCCACCCACCCUUAGCCAGCAGUGUUCCCCUCCUGCAGCUGCCCAGCAGCCCCUGUGCCUGUAAGGUGUGUGAGGACAUCUCCUUUUUGGUGCAGGCAAGGGGGGGAGCCAAGGGAGGAUCCCUGGUGGCAUGUGAUGAAGACUUCUGCCCAAGUGGGCUUUCCCGCCCCUGCUUGAUGCCACAACGCUGGAGUGUAAAUCCAUGUUUAUCAUCACCCAGAUUGUCUCCCCCUCUCUAAAACUCUUCCAGGAAAAUAAGCUUUCUGUGUAUUUAACUUUUCUUGCUGGCAAGAAACGAACUGGGAAUUGGAUUGCUGAGCUCACUGGGUUCUGUACAAAGUGCACUGACUAGAUUGAAGGCGAAGCAAGUUUAGUCCAAUAAAAUGGUGGUUCUGGAUUUCGAA